GUUUCCCUGCUCGGUUGUGGGAAUCGGUCAUACAUUACUAAAGCCUCAGUCUGUGGCACCAGUCUUCCUAUAGAUCGGUGUUUCACAGCGAGCUCCAUCUUGAUUGACAACGGCAGAUGUACACAGCACACAUCUCAAGUCUCCUCCCGACCAGGAAGCGUCCUUAUUGAAAGUAUGAACACUCUUCCCUUUAGGAUAUUUACAUAAGAAUUUGACACAAGGUGGUAUUGUAGCUCCGAGGUGAACAAGAUGCCUCUGUAACAAGCUUUAUAACUAUCAACCGACGUGUGACCCUCCGAAAUUGUUUCUUAAGAGUCUUCAAUGAGUUGGGCAUGUCGCGUUUGACUUUUUCUUUGUCGGGGGAUUAGUACUUGACUUAGAAGACAAAGCUGAUCAAUAAAUCGUUAUAGGAAAUUUCAUUAGGCCCUGGCAGUACGGAGGAAGACUCCAACUUUCUUUCAUCAUUUCCGUGUGUAAAUGCACCAACGCCGGACGGGAAACAGUGCCGGAGGUGGGGGUCUCUCUAAAAGUCAAUCUACGAAACACGGAUUCACAUAAUCGGACUCGGAUUACGGAUCCUACUUUUGGUUAUCCUGGUCUUGGACUUAAAGCUUUAGAUUGAAAGGAAUACAACACUCAACUUCUCUGCAUAUCGGAUACCUUGCCCGGAAGAGACAGAUUGACGGAGACACAAGUGCCCGGCUUAUACAACAGUGAACCGAUCAAUGGCGAAUUAUUUUCGGAUUUGAUUUAUCCGGACCAAACGCUAAUGCCGACAGUCCGUGCAGGCUCAACUGAACAGGGGAUCGACGAGCGCCGAUCUGGGAAAACGACCACACAUGACAGAUGUCAUUUUGGCAGCACGUGACAGUGUGCUCAUAACACCACGUGACUAGGUUAGAAAAUCGAGGGAAAUGGUCAGAAAAAAUCCAAUGUCCAGCCAAAAUCAAUUUGAAGCCCAUUACAAUUAUUUGGUUUUAUUGCCUACGUCAUUCUUCCAACGCCAUGUAAAGCAAUAAUGCACGCUCUAAUUUCUUUUGUUUCCCAACUCGUUUGAAGGUUGUCGUUUUUCUUUAUUUUUAUCUUAACAAUGAAACCAUGAGCCGAAACACUGCGCUUUAAAUUUUAAAUUCAAUUUGCAAAAUUAUUUUGAGUGCAAAUAUAUACUAUCCCAGAAUAUAUAUGCUAUGACACAACCUGGUUUGUAAAUAAACUCCCUCAUUGAUCUUGUGUAUUUAAAUAUAUACUGUUAUUUAGUAAAUAAAUAGCAAAUAUACUAUUUACAGUAAAUGUAACUGUGUCAUCUGUUGACAAUACGCAGUCUUUUCCAUUUCCAGAACCAAAGAAUAUAUUUUCUUUUAAAACGAAAUUUAUUGAUUGCCGCAAUCUACGCUUCACAUUCAGGUAAAUUAUACAUUAGAUAUGAAAGACGAUUAUGUUUAAAGGCUUGUCAUCUGACAUUUGUCUAUAGAUCUUCAGUGCUGAAACUGCCCUGCCACGAUACUGGAAGAUGCUACUAUGACCGAGUGUUUUACUGUAAGACAACGACGUGAGAAAGCAUUGUACAGUGGUGGUUAAAGUAAUUGAAUGUGCUCUAAUACAAAGUGACUUGUCAUCCAAUUUGUUUGCAACAGCGUCAAGGCUGGUACAUCUUAAUUUUUCUCUUUCUUAAGAAAUAUUGAUUGUGUGAGUUGGUGUUCACUUCUGGCGUACACUGUAUUCCCGACAUACGUAAUAUAGGACCGGGCUACAACCCUGAAUGAUAUUGGAGUGCUGCUUUGUUUGGUUUUGAAGACGCUUCCUUCCAACUGAUGAAUUCAGACAACAAGACAUAGUACACCACCAGUUCACCUUCAUCAACGUGGAGAUAUUGGAGAUACAUUUAUAUAAUUUCAAAACCUUUCCUGCUGUCGCCGAAUCAAUUUCCAAGAGGAUGGUGUCAUAUAUCUCAUCUAAGCUGUCUUAGAUCAGUGCUUCCUGAAUGUUCUUGUAAUUGUUCAUACGGCUAUUGCUUAUUCGUGUGAUGUUAAAUGGUGUUCAUGAAUCUACAUUGUGAUGUUAUACUACAGAAGACUUCAAUUCUAAAGGACACAUAUUGCCCAAAGACAACAACUAUCAACCUUACUUAACAUACGGUUCUAUUCUGCUCACACGUUAAAGCCUCCUGUUUCUACCACCGCUGCAGUGUUUCUCCAUCACAUCAACCGCAAAGUUAUCCAGUCAGGCAAUUGCUUUCAGUCGUGUUCAUCUGCAACCUGUUUUCCUUGCCACAUUAUCAAAGCGGCUUCUAUUAUUCAUCGAGUCUCCUCCAACCAUGAUUACCUGGGCGGCAAAGCUGGCCUCCAUGCGAGGCAAGAGUCGGAUCCUGACGUGUAUUUUUCUUUUCCCGAUAUUGUUCUGUACGUUCAUGAUGUAUCGAACUGUUGAAAAGACCUGCCCUCUCGACAGCUUCACGGACGAUUACUCGGGUUUUGGAGACCGGAAGCGGAAGUUGACCUCCCAUGAUGCAUUUGAAGAUUUGAAAAAUGUCCAGGAUGGGAAUGCGUUAGAUUUUGAAGUUCCGUCCGAUGUCCAGGCUCUGGAUUACCAGGCGGACAAAUCCCAUAGACAUCAUAUGCAACGAAUUAUGUCUUCCAGUGACCGAGAUACAAUGGACUGGCGAAAGUACCACAUCAUUCGUCCACGGUAUAUUUUCAACUGUUCCAAUAUACACGAGGUGAAAAUCAAAAAGAAAAUUGGACACGGUGUAUCGAAACAAACGUUUCUCGGCCUGUACAAAGGCCUGCACGUGGCGGUGAAGAUGGUGACACGUCAUCUGCAUGACGUAAGGAACUGCCUUGAUGAAUUGAAACGUCAGCACCAGGACACGUCCCAUCGUAAAGCGACGUGUUACGUUCAUCCGACGAUGAAACUGAUGAAGGAGAUAUUGUUAUCGGAACAGAUUGAACACAACAACAUGGUGAAAUUACUCGGUUAUUGUGUCCGGAGUGAGGAGAGUGAUUCCACGGAUAUAUCGGAGCAUGGAGUCGUUGGAAUUUAUGAAUUUGGACACAGGUUUGUCGUGGACAGCCUUCAACUUCUUCCUUGGCAAGAUAGGUUAAGACACGCUACAGACAUGGCCCGGCUACUCCAAUAUCUUGAAUUCUCCCCUAUCGGAUCUUUAGUGGUGCCGGACUUCAAGGAAGGCCAUUUUCUCUUGGUUAAUUCAAGCAUCAAAAUGAUUGACCUUGACGAUGUGAAUAACCUUGAACCUCCAUGUGGCUAUUCUGAUCACGUGACAGACCGUUCUGAAUGUGAUUAUAGUCUAAAAUGCCGAGAAGCCCAAUGUUUAGGCUUCAAUGCAAAGACGAACUUAAAGAACAUGAACAAAUUGAUUUUAAAAAGACUUCUUUUUCCAGUGUCGUUUCCUGAAAAUCUUAUUUCUCCAAUUGGGCAACUGAAUGCUAAAUUAGAUUCUUUAGCAAUUACAGCUAGUGAACUUCUUGCUGCUUUGCGAAAAUUGCAUGAUGUCAAGAGUUAUUUGUGAGAUUAGCAACUAGCCAUUCGUUGUUAUUUAUAUAGUGUGUAGCAGAAAGAACCAUGUACAGUAUGGCGUAGAGGGGAUCGAUGGUAAUGGUUUAACGUUUACGAAAUUUCAAGCCUGAUUUACAUAAUUAGCGUUAGAGAGUAGCAUGAGUGUAUCGUUUGUCAAAUUAAAGGUACACACAUCUAAACUGUCUGUACAUCAAGAAUUGACAGACUCUAUAUUUUUUAUGUUUAUGCUCGUCUGUAUGUCAUAUGCGUUUUAUGUCUCUGGGUUUGUAUCUAUUCAUCUGCCCUUC